CAUUUUUGCUCUAAUGUUAACUAACGGUAACUACUCGCCUUCCUCUUCUCCUCCAACUCCACCAUCUCCUCUUCCCCUCAGUGUCGGGCCAGGAAACCGAAAGUAUCCUUUCACGCCGUCCCCGUCUUUAUCACCGCCUUUCUCACCACCGUCUUCACAGUACUCCUCACCGGAGAUUUUACCUCUCUUGCAUGAGGAUCAGCGGGAGCAGCGUAGAGAAGUAUUUUGCCUAGACACUCUGGAUGAUGAUAAUAGUAGUCCUAGUGAGAAAUGGCAGCAGUUUGCAAACCGUUUAAGGUGGUUGAUACUGAGAUUCUGCUGCUGUUGCUGUUCUUCAUUAUACUGAAGUUGUUAGCUAGUUAAUUAGUGUCACAUUGUACUUCUUUCACUGACACGAUAUAAUUCACGAUUUGGUUUCGAUCCUUUUGAUCUAUUUCAAUGUGAGAAAGUGAUGUUAUUCAUGCAUCUAAUGUAUCAACAACGAAAGAAAACAGAUGAAUGAACUUCAAUUGAAAUAA